CCACAUAUCUUGUAUCCAGAUACGACUGACAGAUACUUUCCAAAGCGUAUAUAAGAGGGGCCACUGAAAGCUCUCAGCCCCUUUGAGUAACGGUUCGUGUGGAUCUAGUGGACUGCGUGGAGUUGAAUGAGAUUACGAAGCGACCUGCUUUUCAUCAUUUGUAGCAUUUUUUUUUCUUUUUAUAUUGAAAAUCAUAUUAAUUUGUAGUCUAUAUGUGUUUACCUUCCCUUUUGUCUCUGAGGGGAUAGCUUCGCCUUGCUAGUGGGAUUACACAUUCAACAGGAGAUAUGACACUCAGGAGAAUUCCUUUCUUGCUGUCCCUGCUGUCGCUAUGCACCACAGCACUACCUCAAGACGGCCAGGUGGAAGACGAGUCCAGUUUCGACCUGUUUGAGAUCAGCCAUAUCACCAGAAAGACGAUUGGCGCCAAGCUAUUCAAGGGUCAUGACUGGGAUUCUCCGGCAUACCGGUUUAUCCGUUUCGACCAUAUUCCACCAGUCAGUGCCCCAGUCCUUCAGCAGCUCCUAAAGCAGAUCCAGAACAAUGAGGGUUUUGUGUUUGUGGCCUCCAUACGCCAGGACCGUGGUUCCCGUGGCACCCUGAUGGGCCUGGAGGGUCCCGAUGGUCGCCGCCAGUUUGAGAUCAUGUCCAAUGGGCGUGCCAACACUCUGGACUUGGUCUACUGGAUGGAGGGCUCUCAGAAUGUGGUGUCAUUCGAGGAUGUGGAUCUAGCAGACUCACAGUGGAAGAACAUCACACUGCAUGUUCAUGGGGAGAAUGCAAACCUCUACGUGGGCUGCAGCCUCAUAGACAGCUUCAUCCUGGAUGAGCCUUUCUACGAGCACUUGCAGGGAGAGGGCAGCAAGAUGUAUGUGGCCAAGGGAUCUAUCAGGGAGAAUCACUUCAGGGGUUUGCUGCAGAAUGUUCGUUUAAUCUUUGACACAUCAGUGGAAGAUGUUCUGAGAAACAAGGGCUGUGAGGCUGCCAAACCUGAGGAAGUGAACGUCGUUAGUGAGAGUGCAGAGAUUGUGGAUGUCAGUCCAGCCAUAUCCACAAACUUCAUUGGUCAAAAGAUGGAGAAGGCAGUGUCGGACACAUGCGAGCGCUCGUGUGAGGAGCUCAGCUCCAUGUUCCAGGAGCUCAGGGGUCUCCGCAUUGUGGUGGGCAACCUCAUGGAUGGAUUGCAGAAAGUAACUGAGGAAAACCUAGUAAUGAAGGAAGCUCUGGGAAACAUGAAAAACAUCAAAGAUAAGCACAUGUGCUGGCAAGAUGGCCGUCUCUUUGAGGAUAAGGAGGACUGGGUGGUGGAUAGCUGCACCAAGUGUACCUGCCAGGAGUCAAAGAUUGUGUGUCAUCAGAUUACUUGUCCUCCUGUGGCCUGUGCCAGCCCGAUGUUCCUAGACGGAGAGUGCUGUCCUGUGUGCUUGCCUAAGGACAGUGAGGACGGUUGGUCACCUUGGUCUGAGUGGACGGAGUGCACAGUCACGUGUGGGACCGGCACUCAGCAAAGAGGAAGGUCAUGUGACGCCACCAGCAAUCCCUGCAGUGGCCCAUCUAUCCAGACCCGCAGGUGCAGUCUGGCCAAAUGUGACAGAAGAGUUCGUCAGGAUGGUGGCUGGAGUCUGUGGUCUCCUUGGUCCUCCUGUUCAGUGACAUGUGGAGAAGGACAGAUUACCAGAAUCCGCCACUGUAACUCCCCUGUGCCCCAGCUUGGAGGAAAAGACUGUGAAGGCAGUGGCAGAGAGACACAGCGCUGUGAAGCCAAGCCUUGCCCAAUUGAUGGAGCUUGGGGCCCAUGGUCUCCCUGGGCAAUAUGUUCUGCCACUUGUGGCGGGGGAGUGCGGGGUCGGACCAGAGUUUGUAACAGCCCUCAGCCUCAGUACGGUGGCAAAAGGUGCUCAGGAGAAGCCAAGGACACCGAGGCCUGCAACAAGCAGGACUGCCCCGUGGAUGGCUGUCUGUCCAAUCCCUGUUUUGGAGGGGUGGACUGCACCAGUGCACUGGACGGGUCAUGGGAAUGCGGUCCCUGCCCUGUUGGUUUCCGUGGCAAUGGAACGUUUUGUGAGGAUGUCAAUGAGUGUGACUUGGUGCCUGAUGUGUGCUUCAAAGUGGGCGGGCGCCACCGCUGCAUGAACACUGACCCUGGGUUCCAGUGCCUUCCCUGUCCUCCUCGCUACAAAGGCAACCAGCCUUUUGGCAUGGGAGUAGAAGCCGCUAAGAACAACAAACAGGUGUGUGAACCGGAAAACCCUUGCAAGGACAAAACCCAUAACUGCCACAGAUCUGCUGAGUGCAUCUACCUUGGCCACUUCGUUGACCCCAUGUAUAAAUGCGAGUGUAAGAUUGGCUAUGCUGGCGAUGGCUUCAUUUGUGGAGAAGACUCCGAUCUGGAUGGUUGGCCCAACCAGAACUUGGUGUAGAGCAAUGCCCACUACCACUGCAAGAAGGACAACUGCCCCAACCUACCUAACUCUGGUCAGGAGGAUUUUGAUAAGGAUGGUCAAGGAGACGCCUGUGACAAGGAUGAUGACAACGAUGGAAUCAUUGAUGAGAGAGACAACUGCCCACUGCUUUUUAACCCAAGGCAGUUUGAUUAUGAUAAAGAUGAUGUAGGUGAUCGCUGUGAUAAUUGCCCAUAUGAACACAAUCCAGCACAGAUUGAUACGGAUAACAAUGGGGAAGGAGAUGCCUGCUCUGUGGAUAUUGAUGGAGAUGGGGUCCUAAAUGAACUUGACAACUGUCCAUAUGUGUACAACAAUGACCAGAAGGACACUGAUAUGGAUGGCGUAGGAGACCAGUGUGAUAACUGCCCUCUGCUUCAUAAUCCUGAUCAGGCUGACACAGAUAAUGACCUGGUUGGAGAUCAGUGUGACAACAAUCAUGACAUUGAUGAGGAUGGCCAUCAGAACAACCUGGACAACUGCCCUUACAUUCCUAAUGCCAACCAGGCCGAUCACGACAAGGAUGGGAAAGGAGAUGCUUGUGACUCUGACGAUGAUAAUGAUGGAAUUCCUGAUGACAAAGACAACUGCAGGCUGGUGCCGAACAAAGACCAAGUAGACUCAGACGGCGACGGUCGAGGUGAUGCCUGCAUAGACGAUUUCGACAAUGAUAGCAUCCCAGACAUCUUGGAUGUGUGCCCAGAGAACAACGCCAUUAGUAUAACUGACUUCAGAAAAUUCCAGAUGGUGCAUUUGGAUCCCAAGGGUACCACACAAAUUGAUCCCAACUGGGUAGUCAGGCAUCAGGGCAAAGAGUUAGUUCAGACUGCUAACUCUGACCCUGGCAUUGCAGUAGGCUUUGACGAGUUCAACGCUGUGGACUUCAGUGGCACCUUCUAUGUAAAUACUGACCGAGAUGACGAUUACGCUGGUUUUGUGUUUGGCUACCAGUCAAGUGCGCGCUUUUAUGUGGUGAUGUGGAAGCAGAUCACUCAAACAUACUGGGAAGAAAAGCCUUCCAAGGCCUUUGGAAUCUCAGGGGUCUCUUUGAAAGUGGUCAACUCCACCACGGGCACUGGUGAGAACCUACGAAAUGCCCUGUGGCACACUGGAAACACUCCUGGUCAGGUUCACACUCUGUGGCAUGACCCUAAGAACAUUGGCUGGAAGGACUACACUGCAUACAGGUGGCAUCUUAUUCACAGACCAAAGACUGGGUUCAUAAGGGUGGUUGUGUACGAGGGAAAACAGAUCAUGGCAGACUCAGGGCCAGUCUAUGACCAGACAUACGCAGGUGGACGAUUAGGGUUGUUUGUCUUUUCACAGGAACUGGUGUUCUUCUCUGACCUUAAAUAUGAAUGUCGAGAUGGCCUGGAGUUUCCCACUAUGUUUAUGAGAUAACUGAACACGACCAGGCAUGGGGCAUGUAAGGGACUGUCACACAAAGAAACACACAACUAGACGGACCACCAUGUUUCUGUUAUAUGCAUGGAAGUGAUGGAAAAAAGCAGGUUAUGACCUACAGUGAAGCAAAAAUGAACUUAACUGGUUUGUUUCUACAACCACUUUAUUCAUUCUUUAAAAAAGUAAAAGCAGUUUGAAAAGGAAUAUUCAGUAGAUUCUCCUUUUAAGGAGGAAAGUUAUGGAGCAGGAGACAGAGUGCUCUAUUUCCUUUGUUCAUUUUUACAUGUGACCCAAAGAAUUCAUUUACAUUACAUUUACUGAACUAUUCAUCACCAAACUGUUUCACUUGCACAAUGCUUUUUAGUUUAUUUUUGUUGUUUUCUGUUUCAUUGUUAGGCUUUUUUGUGAUCAGUUGGACUUUUUUAUUCAUUUAUUUCUUUACUUUUUACAGCACCCAUAUUCUGACAAGGGGCUAUUUUUAUCAAAACAUUUUGGAAUUAAGAUGUUUAUAUUAAGACUGUAUUAUAAUUUCUUUUGUAAAUUAUUUAUGUGACUCUUACAAUACAGUUGGUUUACAUCUAGAUUUUUGCUUGCAGUAGAUUGAGAUUGUAAAUAAUUAUUUAUUUGUUUUCACUGACAAAAAUUGACUUUUGAAAAAUAUGAAUGCUUAAAUAGCAAUUGUUUUUUUUCUGACAUUCUUCAAACAGUUUGACAUGUAGACACUAUUAUUCAAUACUUGAUCACUAUGUUCUCUGAAAUGUGACUUAAAAUAUGAGCAUUGAGUUUCUAAGUGCCUUAAUAUUACAGAACAGCCCAUCCAUUGGUCUGGAACUUUCCUGGCAUUUACUGCCCCAGCAGAGUAAAAAAAAGCAGCAGAAUGUCAUUAUUUAGUUUGCAUUUAUUAAUAAUAAUUUUUUACAGUUCUCAAUUUUGAAAUUCUAAAUCCGGGUUUAUCGUGUUUGUUUUUUAAAUCAGUGAGCCAGGUAGCAAUGUCCCUGGUUUAUUUCUGAUCUAAGUAGUAUAUUACAAACUGUAUAUUGGCUUUGGUUUCCAACAUGCUUGUUUAUUAAUAUCAAAAUCUUGUUAAGUCUUGUGAAAGUUUGUAUUUUUAAAUGGUUCACUAUAUCCAUUCUUUUAUUCGAUAAAUAAAGAUUUAUAUAUAAUUUUA